AUCUAAUCGUUGUCGUGGCGUCGAUCGUGGUCUUAUCGAUCGGUUCCAACGGACAGGUGUUUGCCACAUCAGCAAUAAGAGGCAUUAGGUUUCUACAAAUAUUGAGAAUGCUUCAUGUGGACCGUCAGGGCGGUACAUGGCGGCUUCUCGGCUCAGUUGUAUUUAUUCAUAGACAAGAGCUCAUCACUACGUUGUACAUAGGAUUUUUAGGUUUAAUAUUUAGCAGCUACUUUGUUUACCUCGCUGAAAAAGAUGCGGUCAGUAAGGAUGGGAAAUCAAGAAACGAUUUUUCCAGCUAUGCGGACGCGCUCUGGUGGGGUGUGGUAAGUUAA